AAUGUUUGGAAAAACUGUAUAAAUUUAUCUCUCUAGGUUUGUAAGAAAUCACAUAAAGCGACCAUUUUUUAAAAACAUUUAUCCAAUAUUUGCCAAACAUUUAUCCAUAAAGCGACCAUCUUUUUCGCUUUUUGUUUACAAUUUCAAUACGAUUUAUCAGCCUUGUAAAAAAAUAUUUUACAUACAACUUAUUGAUUUACAUUUUACAAUUGAGAGAGUAAUAUUCAUAGAGCUUUAUUAUCACUCAUGAAACAAUUUUUACUCCCUACAUAUCCAAUACAAUUAUACUAUUUCCGUCCUAAAAAAAUAGUCCACAUUGAGUUUUUAAUUUAUACUAAAAACAGUAUAAAACUCAAAAUCUAAUGUGAACUAUUUUUGUAGGACGGAUGGAGUAAUAUUUAAUUGUUUAUGAUUCAUACUCAAAACGAAAACGAAAUAAAAUACGCAGCUGCCUAAAUAGCUGAUUGCUUGAGUUGAGAAAAUGGUUAAAACAGAGAAUUUCCACGCUCCUCAAAAUAUCGAAAAUAUACGUGUAAAAUUUUGCAAUUUAUUAUGCUCUCAAGUCCCUCAAGUCCGCGUGUCUCACGUAAGUGGUACUUAAAAAACAAAUAAAAUAUAGAAUCCAUACCACUGGUCUUCGGAUAUAAAAUGCCAAUCGGUCCUCUGACUCAGUCUGAUCAAACUCUUGGUAUAAUCUCUCUCCCUCUCUUCUCUCCUUCAUUUCAAAUGGCUGCUUCUUCAAGAAGUUUAGGUUUAGAACCCUCCAAUUUCUCCUUCAUGUCAUCUUCUUUCACUGACCUCCUCGCAUCCGGUGAUUUCCCGAUUUCCGCCGGCGCCGGCGGCGAGGGAGGUAAGAAGGGUCUGGGUGAUAGGAUUGCAGAGAGAACAAACUUCGGUGUGCCUAAAUUCAAGUCGAUUCCUCCACCUUCUCUGCCCCUUUCUCCUCCCCCUGUUUCUCCUUCUUCUUACUUGGCUAUUCCACCUGGGUUGAGCCCAACUGAGCUUCUGGACUCCCCUGUUCUGCUUUCCGGUUCCAACAUUCUUCCAUCUCCAACUACUGGGACAUUUCCAUUCCAGGCCUUCUUUUGGAACAGCAAUUCUAACAACGCCCAGCAGGAAAUUAAGCAAGAGGAGAAAGGCUUCUCCGAUUUUUCUUUCCAGCCUCAGACAGGAUCGACAGUAUCUGUUUCUGGGUCACAAACCAAUACAAUUCCUACUGGACAAAUUGAGCAACCAUGGAAUUAUCAACAACCCAUCAAGCAGGAUGUGGUUUCAUCAGAGAACGCUCAGAGUUUCUCACCUGAAAUUGCCAAUAUCCAGAACAGUUAUAACCCGUCAUCAACCCAAACGGCGAGCGAAAGGAGAAGAUCGGAGGAUGGUUAUAAUUGGAGGAAGUACGGGCAGAAACAAGUUAAAGGGAGCGAGAAUCCAAGAAGUUAUUAUAAGUGUACAUUUCCGAGUUGCCCAACUAAGAAGAAGGUGGAAAGAUCGUUGGAUGGACAGAUUACUGAAAUUGUGUACAAGGGAAAUCAUAACCAUCCCAAGCCUCAAUCUACUAGAAGAUCAUCGUCCAAUUCAUCGGCCUCGUCAGUUGUAAUUCAUCCUUAUAACUCCAACGAUGUGCCCGAGCAAUCCUAUGCCUCGACUGGAACUGGGCAGAUGGAUUCUGUUGCAACGCCGGAUAAUUCGUCGAUUUCCGUCGGGGACGAUGAUUUUGAGCAGAGCUCAAAGAGGUCUGGUGUUGAGGAGUUUGAUGAUGAAGAACCUGAAGCUAAAAGAUGGAGGGGGGAUAAUGAGAGCGAAGGUAUUUCAGCUCCAGGAAGCAGGACUGUUAGAGAACCAAGAGUUGUAGUUCAAACAACUAGUGAUAUUGAUAUUCUUGAUGAUGGAUAUAGAUGGAGAAAAUAUGGUCAGAAGGUUGUAAAGGGCAAUCCCAAUCCAAGGUAAAGAUUCAUAUCUUCAUUGCACCUUUUUUCCAAUUGAUUAGUUUUACUCUGUAUUAAACCUCAUUGAGCUCUGCAACAUUCUGACGUAACAACUUUAAAUUUAGCAUAUUCUUGUCAGGCCUUUGUGUGAUUAACUGAUAUUGCUGUUUUUCGAUUUGGAAUUCGUCUAAAUUCUAAUCAAAUGAUGUUUGGUUUUUGUGCAGGAGCUACUACAAGUGCACCAGUCAAGGUUGUCCGGUGCGGAAACAUGUUGAAAGGGCAUCCCAUGAUUUAAGGGCAGUCAUAACAACAUACGAGGGCAAGCACAACCACGAUGUUCCCGCCGCUCGUGGCAGCGGCGGCGGAAACACCAUCAGCCGGCCAGUGCCCACCAACAAUCCGUCAUCAAUGCCUGUUAGGCCCUCACCGACAAUGAUUAAUCAAUCAAAUUAUGCCGCCCCUGUUCGCCAGAAUGUGGUGGCGCUACGUGAUCAACAAGGGCAAGCUCCAUUCACAUUGGUGCAGAAUCCUGGUUAUGGUUUCGGGAAUUACAUGAACUCGCAGCAAGAAUCCAGGGAUGACCUGUUCAUGGAGUCACUGUUAUGUUGAAGUUUGGACAAAUAUGUAGAGGUUUCCCUCCUCUUUACUGCAAUUUGUAAGAUUCAUUUUGUUCUUUCUUUUGUGUGUAUAUUCUUAGUGAAACUGGAAUUUUGUAAAUUCACUAAAUUAUAUAGUAGUACAGAAUCCUUAGAAGAAAAGAAAUGUAGUGAAGCCCAAUUUUGAUGGUUAGCAGCUAACAGCAACUUUCAGUAGUUGUAAAACAGAAGCGACCAAUUUUGUUGGGUAACAAAAAAAUUAUUGAUUCCUUUUGAUGUUGUUGUUUCUUGCAAGUUGACAAUAAGCCUGUCUAAAUUGCAAAUGACAAGUCUUUAUUCCGUAAUUGGUUGGCUAAGAGGCAUACAGCCAUAUCAGAUUAUGGAAAAUGGCUAAUUUGCUCAAAUUUUCAAUAAUUCAAAACGCUUUUAACUGGUUAUUCGAUGAAACAAACCAUAAUAAGUGGUUAAGAUAUCUAUUUUUUUUUUCUUUUUUUGGUUUGGAGAUUAUGUUUACUGUUUCAAACGUCAUCAGUUACAACAUACAUGUAAAACUGUAGAGGGUUUGAACGAGUCAAGGAUGCGAAGGAUGGCUUGCUGCACACGUUGUUCAAAGUCAACUUGACUCCCACUCACCGCCUAUUUACCAAACCUACGCCUCUAAUUCUUCUUCUUUUUUUUUUUUUUUUCCGCCAACUUUUGGAUGAGAAGAAGAAGGAAUUAGAGAGGACGGUUCCUUUGCCCUUUGCCGAUUUCAAGGGACCCCACAUGGCGUGCAAUUACGCCUCUCCUUCCAGAGUGCGGGGCCCUGUGCUUAUCCUAAAUGGUGGUACAGAAAAAAUCACUGUCGUGUCAAGGUGUAAUGUGUCAUCGGAAUCUGGGGCUGGCUCUUGAUAUAAGCCUUAUUUUUCUUUGUCCGCACGGCAACUUUGGGAUUACGAUUUCUAUUUGCAAUUUCAGUGUGUGUGUGUAUGUGUGUGUGUGUGAUUGGGAUAGAUGACUCAGACUGUGUGACAAAAUAAUUUACAAGAUAAUUCCUUGUAAAUUUUUGUGCUUUUUUUCUAUUUUCCAGAAGCUCGGAACUCACCAGAAUUUACCAUCUGGCGGAACGACAGCCGUUCUGCGGCGGCGGCUCCGAAUCAUAUCAACAAGGAACACCCAGUCCAGGAAUAUCUUGUUUUCACGUGGGGAUUAUUUCUUUGGAAAAAAUUGUUUGGUUAUAAUUGCCAGACUAAUCACAAUUAUGCGGAAAAGGUUGAGAAAAAUGAGUUCACUACUUAUUUUUAAAAAACUUGAUGAAAAAGGUGAACAAUUUCGAACGUGUUUCAUUUCAUCAUAAUCACUACUACUAAUCAUCAUCAUAUGAGACUAUAAAUGAACUUUUUACAGAAAGUUGGUCAUUUCAUACUUGAUACAUAUAGUGCGCGGCUGCUUUAACCGGAAAUAAUCAUGGCUGUGAUGAAGUUGUAAAGAUUUUGCCAGACCAUUACAUUGUAUACUAAUAAUUUAAUGAAAUUAUAAUCUAUUGAGCGUCCAAUUUUAC